AUGGUCAUCCUCCGAACUAUACGACACCAGCAAUAUGCCUAUCGCGUACUUCAAUAUAUUCGGAACCUGCAACGACCACCGACAAAAAGAGAGAAAGUUCUAAUGAUGGCAAUAAGCGAAAAUGACAUCACGAUCUUCGAAGAACUACUCGUUGAGGAGUUCGGCUCAUCACCCAACGGACGAAAGAUGAUCAUACCAUACUUCCGCGAACAAGAUCUGACGGACAUCGUGAAAGCCACACCAAAUCAAACAGCGGAAACUAAAAAGAGGAUUCGCCUUUUUCCGGCCAUCGGAUUCCAAAUAUUCAUCAUCGUCGAAGAAUCUGAUUGUUCAAACGAGCUCUUCUUCUUCUUCUUCUUCAAUACUUCGGACCGAUGCGCUUUCACAAAUUCAUCGAGCUUCUUCAUCUCAAGCUUCCACCUCAAGCUCAAGCUUCUCGAGCUUCUUCUAUGUUUGCCAGGUUCAUAG